AUGAUUAAGAAUGAGUCACAGCAUAGGAAAGUUAUUUAUAUACAUAAAAAAUACCAGGAAUUGUCACUUUUAAACUACGAAAAAGAUAUUAUAUUGACAAACCCAGAAGUUUUAAGAAAUGCUAAGCCUUAUAAUCCUUCAUCCGGAUCCACUAGGAGAAAGAUUCUUGAUAUAAUUGAACCAAAGAUAGAUACAGGAGAAGGCGGAUCCAUGCAUGCACUUCCAAGUUAUGAUAAGAUUAAUAAAGACUCAACUGUUGUUGCUGGUCACAAGAUUCCUUCACCACCUAAAU